AUGUCUUCGGACGGUGAUAACGAUGAUUUCCUAUAUGAGGAUGAGUACGACGAUCAAUUCGAUCAGGAUGAUAUCGAUUCCACGUCUGAACCUGAUGUCUACGACGCUAUGUCUCCCGCUAUAGAAGAAGCACCACAGAAGAAACCUUACGAUGUCUCAUGGAAAGUGAAGACACUACAGGAAAUAAUCGAUAUGCAGAACAAAGAGAUAACCAAGGUUCAAUCGUUAUUGGAAGUUCCCGCAUCAAGCGCAGCUAUAUUACUCAGACACUAUGUGUGGAACUCCGAGAAAUUACAAGAACAAUUUUGGAAUGAUCCCGCUCAAGCAUUGGAAGAAGCAGGCUUAUCACCACCUUCAUCACCUACUACCCACACUUCCAGUCUUCCAUCGCCCUCAUCCCCCAUCAAACGAUCUACCAGAUCACUCAAACCUGGUCCAUCAUCUUUCUUAAAGCGUACUAAAUCGGCUCAGCCCACUGGUCAAUUCGAAUGUCCAAUUUGCUGUAUGGAAUACGAUUAUUCAUCAACUUAUUCGAUGGGAUGCGAUCAUCGCUUUUGUAAAGAUUGUUGGAUAGAGUAUUUGACUGGGAAGAUCAAAGGUGAAGGUGAAAGUGCGAAAAUACAAUGUAUGGAAAGUGGAUGUAAGAGGCUAGUAAGGGAGGAAGUCAUAGAUGAUUUGGUGACUCAUGAUAUAUCGAAACGAUAUCAUAAUCUUCUAAAUGCAGCUUUCGUAGCUGAUUCUCCCACUUUACGUUGGUGUCCUCAUCCCAAUUGCGAGUACAUCAUUGAAUGUUCCCAGGCGCCCACGAGGAUGCUUAACCAGCUGGUGCCGACGGUAGAGUGUAAAUGUGGUCACGAUCUCUGUUUUGGCUGCGGAUACUCAGCAAGUCAUCGUCCCGUCUUAUGUCGGAUCGUGAAGUUAUGGGAGAAGAAAUGCGCAGAUGACUCGGAAACAGCUAAUUGGCUUCAAGCAAAUACGAAAGAAUGUUCGAAAUGUCAAUCCACGAUAGAGAAAAACGGUGGGUGCAACCAUAUGACAUGUAAGAAAUGCAAAUGGGAAUUCUGCUGGGUGUGCAUGGGGCCAUGGUCAGAACAUGGUACCUCAUGGUAUCAAUGUAAUCGAUAUGACGAGAAAUCCGGUAUCGAUGCGAGAGAUACCCAAGCCAAGUCGCGAGCUAGUCUCGAAAGAUAUUUGCACUAUUUCAACCGAUGGGCAAAUCAUGAACAUUCAGCUAAACUUGAUGCAGAAUUCUACCAGAAAACAGAAAAGAAGAUGGAACAAAUGCAGAACAGUGGUAAUUUAUCUUGGAUCGAAGUCCAAUUCGCGAAACAAGCUGUAGAUGCUGUGAUCAAAGCUAGAAUCACGUUGAAAUGGUCUUACUGUAUGGCUUUCUACCUGAAACGAAAUAAUAUGACCGAGCUGUUCGAAGAUAAUCAGCGUGAUUUGGAAAGAGCUGUCGAGAAUUUGGGAUACCUGUUGGAACAGAAUAUAAGUGAUACGGAUAGUAUAGCCAAAUUGAGACAGGAUAUCACCAAUCAAGCUGCAUACGUUCAGAAGCGACACGACAUUCUGAUGGAUGAUACUCUAAGGGGAUACCUCGAGCGUCGAUGGGAAUUUACGGUAGAUACUUAA